AUGCGCGACCUGCUGACGACUCAGAGCCAGAACUGUUACAGGGAGCAGAUCCAGAAGGAGAUGUUGACCCGUUUAACCUGGAGGAACCGCUACGCCAAACUCUACCCAUCCUGCUACAAUCCCAGGAACAACAGCAGAGAGCCCACACAGCUGCCACAGCUGCCAAAGCUACCUGCCGACCCUCAGGCUGUUGUGCCUCUUGUUGCCAGGACUACUGAGAAGCAGAGCGACCUUCUUCCUCGUCGUCCUCCUCCUCCUCCUGUGUGCUCUGUGGGAGGUGAACAGCAGCUCAGUGUGCCUCCUCUAAUGAGGCCGGUUUCGCCCCACACCAGAGAGGCUCUGUAUCAGGACUCCUCUCACCAUGGCAAAGGGAGAACUCUGUACUUGCACAGACGUGGACACAUUAAACCUGAGGAGAAGUUUAACUUUCCCCUGCUCUCCUCCUGGGAUUAUGGCUGGAGGCUUGGUGACUACACGCUAGAUUACAGAACUCCAUCCAGCGCCAGGUCAUCCUUGGUGAAGAACACCUUCUAUGCAAAGAAUGGGGUAUUCAGCCGCCCAGCAGCCACCGACACCCUAGGCUGA